UGCCGGGCGGGCGGGCGGACAAGAUGGCGGCUCGGCUGGAGCUGAGCUGCUGGGGGGGCGCCUGGGGGCUGCCGUCCCUGCACCCGGAGUCUCUCACCGUCAUGGCUUACGCCAAAUUUUCUGGUGCUCCCCUGACAGUGAAUACUAUUAGUAACUCUUGGAGAGCUCCGAAAGGAGAUGUACCAGUCCUGGUAUCAGAAGACAUUGUUAUUUCUCAACCAGCAAAAAUACUAAAUUUCUUAAGAAAGCAGAAAUAUAAUGCUGAUUAUGAAUUGUCUGCAAAGCAAGGAGCUGAUACACUUGCAUAUAUUGCACUACUUGAAGAGAAACUGCUUCCUGCUUUGCUGCACACUUUCUGGGUUGAGGCUGAAAAUUACUGCAGUGUGACCAAGCCAUGGUUUGCCUCAAGGAUUUCCUUCCCAUUGAAUUUGUACCUGCCUGGAAAGAUGUCCAGGGAAGCGCUGAACAGGAUCUUGCUGACCAGGGGAGGGCCUCCACUCUAUAGUCUCACUGAAGUGGAAGCACAGAUAUACAGGGAUGCCAAGGAGUGCCUAAAUCUCCUGUCGAAGAGAUUGGGAACAUCUCAGUUUUUCUUUGGAGAGACGCCUACUACCUUGGAUGCCUUUGUAUUUGGUUUCCUUGCACCGAUUUAUAAAGUGUGCUUCCCUAGAGUACAACUACAAGAGCAUUUGAAACAGCUUUCCAAUCUGUGUCGAUUCUGUGAUAAUAUUUUGACUUGCUACUUCAGAUUAACUGUCUCAGGCCAUUCUCCGGCUGGACAGGAUACAGCAGAUGCUAAUCUGCAGAAACUCACACAGCUUGUAAAUAAGGAAUCCAACUUGAUUGAAAAGAUCCGGCUCUCAUUAUUUCUCUGCAGAUGGACGACAACCUUCGUAAGAGUCCUCAGCAUCCCCCUCGAAAGCUAACAACUCUCAAGCUGGCUGCAGGUGGAGAAGAAAACAAUCCUUUGAAUCGUUUGUCACCUUGACAGCUUUUGUUUCCCAUACACGUGUUUGCCUUCAACUCUUCUGAGCGUCACAGUAAAUUUUUUCACAUGAAUGUCAUUUUGCAAGGGAAGAGUCUGCUAAUGGGUACAAGUAGGGAAGAAGUACAGCUUUACAAUCUCCUACCUACCUAUUCUUGUAAGAAGUUGCGUAGUUCAGGCUGACCACACACUAAGCUGAGGCUAAAGUAAACAAGAGGCUUAUUGCUGCAGAUCUUAAAGUGAUUUUGCACAGCAUAUUUUUGCCAUUAGCCUAGCAGAAGUGUUGACCAAAAGUUAAAAUUCCACUUACGGAAUGUUCACUGCUAUUUUAUUAUGUGGCUUUUGAUUUUACUGUAAUCAUGUUACUAUAUGUGAGUGGGUAUACCUUUGUAUGUCUGAUGAUCACAAAGUCCAGUUGCGAAGUUGGUGAAAAGACUGGGUCAAAAAUGAAAUGGUAAUUGAGAAACGAGAAGCUAUGUGAGCAAGUUAAGUAUUUUCUAUUGUACUUUUGUGAACACUCUUGGGUGUUGCAUUUUAAGGUUGCUUGUAGUUUUGACAGCUUGUCAUGUUGUACUUUGAGGCAGAUUGUUGAGAAGUGUGUGUGCUGUGGGGAGUACAAUGAUGCACAAUACUAUAAUUUCACAGGUGCCGAGUGUUAGUCCUGUGUGAAACAGGCUUAACCUGUGCACAGGGUAAUACCCCAGUGCUGCAAAACUGUCAAAUCAAAAUCACUGAGGACUGGUAUUGAGAUGGAGAGGUUUGAUUGGCUCCUCUCAGGGCAAGAGACUUGACUAGCAAAGACUCUGCAUCUCUGGAUUGAAAGGAACUGAUUUGGGCUUUGUAAGAAAGCUGAUGUAGGCUUUUAAAUUUAUGGCAGAUGCUUCUUAAUUUGUUUUGUCAAAUUUUUUUAAAAGCACUACAGUUAAUUUGAAAACUAAAAUAAAAAAUCUCCAAAUUUUUUGGUUUUGACAGUCUAGUUCAGAGUUCUUUUAUCUCUGAGAACUGUAAUACGUCACUGUGCAUAUUUCUUCUGUUUAACUGAGGAACUUACAUCUCAUGUUUCCUCAUAGUACAGCCUUGCUGGUUCUAGAGACCCAAGCAUUCUGUUACAAGAGAGAUGCUGAUUGUCUAUGGGCAAGGCACCAGCAGACGCUUAAUGAGUGGGUGUGAACAGAAUCAGUCAAGGAGAUUGGCCAGAAUGGCCAUGCUGGGGAUACAGAAUUCCGAUGGCUGUAUGUAUCGGAUGACUGAUAUAUUUUUUUCCUUUUUUCUGGUCAAAUAGAAAUAGUCUUCUUCCCUUCACCUACUAGUCACAUUUGAGAUAAAUUAUUUCCUAUUUAUACAGAGAAGACUGUAGAUUGUGUACAUAUUGUACUUCCAGACUCAAUAUAAUUCAAUAAGGAAUGUAAUAUCUUUAACAUUUCUUAACUAUAAUGGAAAUGUUGGGUUUCUAAUGAGCACUUUAAAAUAAUGUUUAAGUUUCAUGCUCACACUAGAGUAUUUGUUUAAGUGAUUUGAAAUUAUCUAGCUCAUAUUCAUAAUAAUUGUAUAAACUGGCAGUCCACUACAUGUAAAAGUAAGUCAGAUGUUUAAAAUUUUUACUGCCUAUAUCUUCACAAGGUUUAAAUGAGAUCGAGUCACUUGGCUUUUCAAAGUCUUUACUUUAUAAACAUGGCGAUGGAGAUUAUGCCUUAGUUUGUUGCUUUUGUGAAUAUGUAUGCUCAGUCUUUAAAAUCUCCUUUGUAAGAAGGUCAUUGUUCCAAGAUUAAAAUUUUGGAUUUUUAGUGCA